CAUUCGACCUUUGACCGAGCCUUUCGUCCAGAACGUUGGGAUUGUGCGAGUUGGGCUUCAGACUUCAACCCUUUUCCUGGGCUUGUGCUUCGGGGAUUCAAAGAUCAGAAUACCAAAUUUCUUCAUGCCCUUCUUUUCUCAGAUAUUUUGUUGCAGUUACUGAAGAACCCGUUACAGCCUUACAGGCUUGAAUUCUAGUUUGACUUCUAGCUUUCGCCUUCGCACUAAGCUAUGUCUGCGUCUGUGUUUCUGCUUUCCUCUUUUCGAGAAGUGACAGGGCUCGGGGCCUUGAAAACUUCAACGCGCUCUGUACAUACAUUCAAAACUGGUAAAAAUAAUGCAUCGAACCCGUCCAAACGAAAAAGAACUCAAAAUCGACAAAAUAGUCGUGGUUGGACCUCUCCGUCACCUCCGUCGUCCGAACAAUCCCCGGCACAAUCUUUUAGAUCAUCUACCACGAAGACACCUGAAUCCCACCGCCCGCGCCUGUCCCGUGAGCUCCCGAGACUUCGUGAAAAAGACGUUGUUCAGCAGCGCAUUGCCUCUUUCCAAACCGAACGAAAUCAGGACGCGAACCAGUGGGCGCAGAAGUUGGCUGAAAGGCAUGAAAAGGAAGCCAGGGAAGAGAGACACCGGAAAAUGGUACAAGAGAUGAAACGGGGCAUGCAGGUUGACGCGGUUGAACGCAGGCGAAAGGAAUUGGAAAGUCGGAUUGCGAAGCGAGACGGAACGUGGAAACAUGAAAUCCACAAUCAGAAAGCGGAAUCAGAACAAACAUUAGGGCGAAGUAAAAGAUUGUCAACAGAUUCCGGGAAAUUUGCAGAUGGUGGUGUAGGGUCGAAAAUUCAGUCGUGGAUAACUAGAGCGCCAAAGACAGAACGAACAGUCCCCGUAAGGGAGACAAUCAUACCGCAGACAGCAAAAGAUACGAAAGAUCUACAUAGAGAACGGUCAACCCAUACAUCUUCGCCUCAUAUUCCUCUCAAACCAAAAAUAGCCACCAAUUCCAGUGGUUUACCCCAACUGAAAGAGUUUUAUCGCCCUCCACCUUCUCUGACUCAACGUAAAGGCAAACUGUCGACGGUCCCGCUGACUUCGUCGUCAACCCAGGAAUCUACCUCCUUCAGCUCUCCCCCUCUCCUUCCAGGACUCGUCUCGUGCUUGAACGAUAUUCUUGGUCCGCAGGCAAGUCCGACUGAGAUCCAGAGACUGAGUAUCGCAAGGGUUGUUGAUGCAGUGAACAGUCCUGACUCCUCUACUCUUCCUUCUCUCGCACUCGAACCGGUUUCCGAACCUUCUGCUUACAAGGAAUUUCUCCUCGCAUCUGAAACGGGUUCGGGAAAAUCAAUAGCCUAUCUACUUCCUCUCCUCCAAUCACUCAAAGUAUCCGAGUUGGCUCAGAAUGCUCAAAAAACCUCUUCGACCUACGGCCCCGCUUCUAAAUAUGCAUACAAUCCUCGUUCCCUCGUCCUUGCACCCACGCACGAACUAGCCCGACAGCUAUCCGGUUUCGCCAAAACGCUGUCCCAUGAGAUCAAGCUAAGGGUGGUGUGCACAAGUAGAGCCAAUGGUAAUAAUCGAGAGAAGGAUAAAGACCGGGCUCCUGACAAGGAAUCAAUGGUUUUGAGAGAGAUGCGAGUCACCGAGACGGAGGGAGAACAGAUAGCUGACGGAGUGACUGAAUUAGACGUCCGACCCUUAUCGCGGGAUUCUUCUGCACAUAUUUUAACAGGCUCAGUGGGAUCAUCAACCUCUGGCUCUACCCGUCCAGUGGACGUCAUGGUCGGCACACCCAUGAAAUUUCUCGAGAUGAUAUUCGGGAGGGGUUGGGAUCGCGCAGAUGCCACUGAUGCCAACAAUGGUCACGCAAAUACACGCAGAAGCAUAGGCAAGCCAGAAAUGGGUCUGUCCAAUAUCGAAUGGGUUAUAAUAGAUGAGGCCGACGUUCUCUUCGAUCCCGACUUCAACUCGUUCACUCGCCUGAUUCUGGCAGAGAUCAGUAAAGCUAGAGGAAAGGAGGUAACUUUUGUGAAAGAGGAUAAGGUUUUGAGUGCGGAGUGCUAUCCUGAGGCACCUGCUGUGGCCGAGGACGUGGCUGAGGAGCCUAAAGAGGGAAAUGACCGUUCCGACUCGGCGUCGGAGUCUCUACAGUCGCCCUCAUCGACCUCAGUAACCUCAGCAGCAUCUGUAAUACCCACUAAAUAUCCAUUCAACCUCAUCUUAACAACUGCCACCAUCCCGCCCGCGCUCCUGCUAUAUCUUCAACAACACCAUCCUGCGAUUUUUGCCCGCCGCCCCCGUCGCAGCCUUCGUCCCAACGCUGGAAUACUCCGUUCGUCCGGUCUCCAUCGCCUCCCAACUUCAUUAAAAAUCGAUCAAGUAGAUUGGAGUGGAGGGAACAAACUUGCGGAUAUUGAGAAGCGGCUAAGAGCUGUCUGGAUGGAAGAUGAGCGUAGAUGGAUGGGGAAUGUGGGUAAAGGGCCAACGGAGUUGAGCAAGAUCAUUGUGUUUUGCAAUAAAUCCGCGAAGGUCGACGAUCUAGGCGCUUAUUUGGAGGAAAAGGGCAUCAAGACCGUCACGCUAACGAGCAGAAUUGGUUCGCUUUCGACUGUCGUCGAGGCGGGGGAAGACCACCCGAACCCUGGGGUUCCUGUCGAAGAAGGAAAAUCCGACAAGGCUGAGAGAAAAGGUUCUGAACGAAGGCGUGGAUCGAAUAAGCAUUUAGAAGGAUUCUUGAGAGUGCGGUCAAAGUCAAGGGAUUCAUCCGACAGCAAUCCUACCACGGAAGGACAGUCCUCGACGUCUUCGGCUCCACGCCGUCUGCAGCCUCUCGUCAUUUCUUCGUCAGCAUCACCUUCAUCUCGCACCUCAAAACCCCCUUCAACACCAGCAACGCCGACACUAUCCAACACUCCUCAUGUCCUCCUAACGACUUCACUCCUUUCCCGUGGUCUUGACUUUGCACCUUCAGUUCGACACGUUUUCAUCGUCGAUGAGCCUAGGAACGUCGUGGACUUUCUACACCGUGCAGGGAGGACGGGAAGAGCAGGUACAGAAGGGGUUGUUGUUGUUUUUGGUAAGGGAGGAAGGAGCACGAGUCAAGGGAAGAAGGGACUGCCUAUGGAGUGGAGAGGGGGAAGAAGUUGAAGAGAGGAAAAUUAGGAGUGAGCAUCAUCGCUGUGAAUGAGUUCACCGAUGUGAACAGGCAUUUACAUAGCAGAUACCUCGAAAUUCUAUCUUAUCUUAUCUUAGGUAUGGAUAAUCCAUCUAGUCGCAGUCAAAAUGUUAAUGGCUUGCUGCAACUGAGUUCGAGUACAUUAAUAUCUAUAAUAAUGGAUACACCUUACUCGUGCACUUGUCAUUGAAAAUCCGGACUCUAAAAUCUCCUCAUUUACAGUAACGGAUUCAUUUUCAGGCAAGUGUCUAUCUUGUGAGGAGAGAGUGGGUAGAGCACGCGACAAUCUCAAUGAUACUUCUUUAGAAGUUUGG